CAAUCUUUGUAUAAAUUAUUAAAAUUUUUAGUGAUAUAUCAUUGUCAGAUUUUUUAAACGCCCGCCCUUUACUUAUUAGUUAUAUUGUACGCCGAUAGGCUGCGCGUCUAUUACUACGCACUCUGCGUUUGCGCCUCUUCGUUAUACUUUGUAUUAUCUCUCUUACGUUAUAAGAACGACUGUGAUUUCUCCUCGUGUGUUCCGCUUUAUAUAAAAUGAGUGUAUUAUUAAUAAUAAAGUUAUAAAUAUAAUUUGACAAUUAUAAGUGAUGAGUCUUAACUUUCUUUCAUGAAAAUCCCCACCUUCUAAAAGGUCAUGGGCACAGACAAACUUUAAAAAGUGUUUUCACGAAUCCACCGCGUGAGUUUUGUUUAAAAUAGUGAAAGAAAAAAUCGAGAUUGGAAAAAUACGAAAAGACGAGAAGGAUGUCCGAAGAAAAACAGAAGAUCAUUCCAAGUGUGAGCAAAGCUGAUGAAGCGACGUUAGAAAAACUGUGGAAAAAUUUGGAUAUAACGUUUGGUUUAGACAAACAUCAUCCAGAAGAUGAGAUCCAAAUUACAACAGAAGGAGAGAAUAUCACACUAAAUAUUGAUAACAGAGUAUUUUAUCACACAGAAAAACGAAUGCUGACAGACAGAACAUGGGAUGCACUUCAAUUGUGGUUAGAUAAACAAAUCCUACAAGAUCAACCUGCUGUCAUGCCAAGGACGUUCUCGGGUAGCUCGGUCACAGAAUUAAUGAAAAUAGAUGAGGAGAAUGAGUCAACAAAAAUAGAUGAGGAAAGAGAAAAUAAUGAAGAUGAGAAAUUAGAUGAGAAGGAUGAGACAGGAGGGAAAUUAGUAGAAGAGAAAGAAGCGACUGAUGAGACGAAGAGAGAAAAACAUGAUGACUCUGUGACCGCAUUUUUCAAAACUGAUCGACAAAAUGAAUCAAAUGUGUUCGACGAGGCCGAUGCUCGAAGUUCAGGAAGAUGGCAAGGAGAAGCAGGACUCUUGGCGACACCGCCACACGGAAGUUUUCCCAUGCAGAACGUUGGACCAGUUAAAUUUGAAGUUCCAACCGUUCCAGUUAUUUUUAUCCUCGGAGGUCCUGGCAGCGGUAAGGUGACACAUUGUGAUUCUUUAAUGGCAGAGAGAAAGGGAGUUAUUCACAUCAACAUGACGGAUAUACUACAGCAGUACCUUAUAGGAAAUAAUUUGGAAGAUUUCGGUUCACUAAGUAGUAAAACAGUCACGGAAGUUCUCAUGCUUGAAAUAAAAAUGUCUCCAGAGGCCAAAACUUUUCUUGUUAGCGGAUAUCCGAGAAAUAUGCGCGACGUUGUCGAAUACUCGGAAAAAAUUCAAAUUGUUAAUGGUGUCAUUCUCAUCUCGUGGAGGAGAGAAAUUCUUGAAAGACAAAUUGAUUUUGGUGCGAAACUGGGCCACAUUGUCCUUGCAUUAGCCAGAAUGGAAUUGAAAAAUUUCUAUAGAAGUGUCAUGCCAGUAGCGGAAUAUUUCGAUGAAAAUAAAAUGUUACUGGAGAUUAAUGGAGAACGUGAUCCAGCUGAAGUUUUUAUCGAUUUCCGAGAGGCUGUUUUGAGAAUUCUUGGAUUAUCCACUAAUGAAGAGAAUUAUGACCCCCGUUCAAUGCAAGCAGAGGUGGAAGUUGAACGAACAGAAGAGGAUCUGGAUGAAUCGUCAACAGUUCGUGAAGUACCAAAUGAAUCAGUUGUAAAUGAAUUGCCAGCUUCUCCAGUAUCUCCAAAUAUUAAACCAUUAAAAACAGCAGACCAUCAGAGAAAAGGUCUUCCCGCUUUUAUUUGGGUAAUUGGUGGUCCAGGGAGUAACAAAGCAACAUUAUGUGAUCAAGCAAUGAAAAAUUCGCAAGGUUGGGCUCACGUUAGUAUUGGUGAUUUAUUAAGGUCAAUGACGUCGACUAAUGUGACAGUUCAUGAUGCCAUUAUCGCUGGCGAAAUGGUUCCUCAAGAUAUUGUCAUGCAACUUGUUGAACAGCAAGUGCUCUUAAAUCGUGAUACAGACGGAAUUAUUCUGAGUGGAUUCCCGAGAAAUUUUGACCAAGUCGAUGAAUUUGAAAACAAGUUCGGUCAAACGCCUCCAUUAAUUUUAUUAGAUUGCUCUAAGUUGCAAUUUGGCAGGGGAAGAUUGGAUGGUACAAUUACAGCAUUUCGAAAAAGGUUGGCGUUAUUCAGGGAAAUUACCCUUCCAAUGCUUAAGAAAAUUGACAACAGCAAACGACUCACAAUGAUUGACGGCGACACGGAUGUGGAGAAUGUUCAACUAGAAUUUGCAAAUGCACUUUAUCAAUUAAUGAAAUGGGUUCGAAGAAAAGAGGAAGUUAAUGCUGAGGAAACUAAUCAAGAUCAAGAUUCAGGAGUUCAAAAUUCAGAACACCCAAACUGGAUGGCCCCCGGUAACAUCAACGGGGGCCAAAAAAUUGAAUCGUAUCAAAAUGGAAUUGUCAAGCAAAUAGAAAACCAAUUAAAUGGCGGUUCUAAUAUUGCCAAAGGAGUAUUAAUCGAUCAACCAAUUCAUCAAAACGGUCUCUUGAAGAAAAAUGGAAUAGUGAAAGGAACAGUGAAUCUUCUUCAAAAUGGUGGUGUUCAUUUGCCGAAUGGAUUUGUUCCUGGUAACAAUAGAGUGGCGCCUUUAAAUGGCCACAGUGUGAAUAAUGAAAGGAACCCAGUAAGAUCAAUGUUUAAUGAAGUCGACGGAUAAAAGAAAAUAGAAAUUUUCAA